UACAAAAGAGUAUGUUCCUCCAAUCCGCCACCCUUGUCAUCAUAACGUUGCUACCAUUAUUCAGUGGACUUGAGGUGAGACGGAGGAGGUCCGUUGCUCCUUUUCUUGGCUCGGGUGGAUCACAGCCAACCGGAAUGCUCAUUUCACCAGAGCUCUGGCAUUGUGGAAGUGAAGGAAGUACGCGGAAUUAUACCUAUCAGGCUACUGUUCGAGAUUGUCCUUCUCUUGCAGCUGCUCUCAAUCACUGCUGUGCGAUUCACGACGACUGCUACGGUCAACAGAAGGGUCAAGAGAAAUGCGAUGAAGAUUUUUGUGAAUGCAAUCGUAUGGUAACCCGUUUGCCUACCGAAGAAGGUUACAAAUGCCGUGCAGCAGCAGAUGAUGCAUGUCUCAUUCUCGCAGUGCUCGGCUGGUCCGCCUAUGGUGAUUCAAAUUACACUGAUCCUACGAAACCAUCAGCAAAUGUGUUGGUUACACCUGAGACAGUUCCGAAAAUGGAGAGUGACUUCAUGAAUUUAUAUUCCAAGUGUCCUUAUGCCAAUAUAACCCUCGCUUCAUGUGCUAAUAAUUUCGAUCUCUGUGCCGUUGUUCAUUCUGUGGAUUUCUGCGCCAAUGAUCUUUGCCACUGUAUGUUGGAUGCUGCCGAAUCAGACGAUAUUCACAAGAAAGAAUGUUCCCCAGCAGUAGCUCAUACUUGCAGAGCUGUUUUGAGACAUUCGAGUGACGUGCUUGCUUCCCGAAGUGUCACCAGAAACUUCAUUAUCAUCGCUCUUCUUGUUCUUGCCGCAGCCUCAGUUGGUUUCGGACUUUUCUUCAUGUACACACGAGUUGCUGGAGAGAGAAAGAAGGUCGAAGAAGGCAAAUAUCUGCAAAUUCACACUGUGGAGUCGGCCCGAUCAGUCAACCCAUUGCUGCUCAGCGCUGACUGAUUUAUUUCCAAAAAUGUAUCUAAUUCUGCAAAAAUUGUUCAAUAAUUUAUAGCACCCGUCCUUCCGUUGUUUCUUUUUUUCCUUUUUUUCUCGUUUUCUUUCCUCAAAAAUUCUUUAUUGCCUCCAAAAGUAGAGUUUUAUCGUCGAACUUACCUAACACUAAUAUCAUUCUUAACAGCACGAGCUUGAUUGUUACAGCAAUUAUUUUUUAAACAAAUUCCGGGUUGGAGGGAUUUGAUUUCUCUCCCAGAUUACAAAUUUAUUACGGCUAGUUUUAUCCCUCAAAAAUUCUGUUCAAUAAAUACUUCAUUUUGCUCUUUCGAGCAUUGAAUCU